AUGCCGACUCGUACGAUCAACCCUUUCGCCAACAGUCCUCCUGCCAUCACCUCUGCUCUCGAUGCGAUGAAUGAGAAGGAGCCCGUACGCCGAUCCUCCUUCUCCAAAGUCAACAACCGUUUCUCGCAACUCUUCUCUACCUCUCCCAAGUCAAAGGCAUCCGAAGCUGCUGCGCUGCAGGCCGCGCUUGUAGCCCAGCAGCACGUUCUGCUAAACUCGCCCUCGCCCCAAGGCGUCAAUUCCUCCACCCUAUCGCUACCCACCAUCUGUCUUUCUACAGCAACUGGCGAGAAGUCGCCAAUGGAACCCCAAACGCUCUUCCAGCCGCCCUCACCAGCCGAAGCCCGCCGUCUCGCCAAGUCGCACGCCGAGUUUGGGCCAUUGGGAUCGCAGAGUCACCGAUAUACCAGCCAAGCCGAUGAAACGAUAGCCUUCGCCGACCCUGUUGAAGACGAACCGCCGUACUACUUUCUCAUUACGACCUAUAUUAGUUACCUCAUUCUCAUAGUCUUUGGCCAUGUGCGGGAUUUCUUCGGCAAGCGCUUCCGCCAGAAGCACUAUGCUCACUUGAAGGAGAACGAUGGAUAUGCUCCGUUAAAUAGCGAUUUCGACAACUUUUAUACGCGCAGGCUGAAGAUGAGGCUGAAUGAUUGUUUCUCGCGACCGGUCACCGGAGUCCCGGGACGUUUCAUUACGCUUCUGGACCGCACGUCGAAGGAUGGAAACAACACGUUCACGCUGACUGGCAUGACUACCGAGACCCUUAAUAUGAGUUCGUACAACUACCUCGGAUUUGCUCAAUCUGUUGGUCCAUGUGCAGACUCCGCGGAACUUUCCGUCAAGAAGCACGGCAUCAGUCUCGUCAGUCCUCGCGCCGAUGCAGGAAACUCCGACUUGGCUGUUGAAGUUGAGGAUUUGAUUGCGAAGUUUGUUGGCAAGCCAGCCUCCAUGGUCUUCUCCAUGGGUUUCGUUACCAAUGCCACUGCGUUCCCGGCUCUGGUUGGAAAAGGCUGCCUCAUGAUUUCGGACGAGCUCAACCAUGCCUCUAUCCGUUUCGGUGCCCGUUUAUCUGGAUCUGCAAUCAGAAUGUUCAAGCACAACGACACCAAGGACCUAGAGAAGUUGCUUCGCGAGGUCAUUUCCCAAGGUCAACCCCGCACGCACAGGCCGUGGAAGAAGAUCCUUGUAGCCGUCGAGGGUCUCUACUCCAUGGAGGGCACCAUGGUGAACCUCCCCGCCAUCAUCGAGCUCAAGAAGAAAUACAAGUUCCACCUCUUCGUCGACGAGGCCCACUCCAUCGGUGCGCUCGGGCCCAACGGCCGUGGCGUCUGCGACUACUUCGGCGUCGACCCCUCCAAUGUCGACAUCCUCAUGGGCACGCUCACCAAAUCCUUCGGCGCCAACGGCGGCUACAUCGCGGCCGAGAAACACAUCAUCGACAAGCUCCGCGUCUCCAACGCCGCCAUGCUCUUCGCCGAAUCCCCCACGCCGCCUAUCCUCGUCCAGAUCGCCUCGUCGCUCAAGAUGAUCACCGGCGACCUCUGCCCGGGUCAGGGCGAGGAGCGCCUGCAGCGCCUCGCGUUCAACUCGCGCUACCUCCGCCUCGGCUUGAAGCGCCUCGGCUUCAUCGUAUACGGCCACGACGACUCGCCCAUCAUCCCCGUUAUGCUGUACAACCCCGCCAAGAUGCCCGCCUUCUCGCACGAGAUGCUCAAGCGCAAGAUUUCGGUCGUUGUCGUGGGUUACCCCGCGACGCCGCUCGUGAGCUCGCGGGCGAGGUUCUGCGUUAGUGCGGCGCAUACGAAGGAUGAUUUGGAUCGUAUGCUUGCGGCGUGUGACGAGGUGGGGGAUUUGCUGCAGCUGAAGUUUUCGAGCGGGGUUGCGGGGGGCGCGGAGCCGUUGGUGGGGGAGGACGAGGUGCUGGAGAAAGGCGGGGAGAGGGAGAAGGGGAGUGAGAUGCAGCUUGUGGCGUCGCCGCCCCGGUGGCGGCUGGAGGAGGUGUUGAAGCGGGGGGUUGAGGAUGUGAAGGUGCCGCUAAGGUAG